AUGAGCCCCAUACAGCCCAAGGUGCCUUCUGACCUCCAGCAUGUGAUCCUCUCAUUUGCGAGCUCCUCUGCCUACGAAGUCUUUCAGUUCCAUGAGGCAGCUGAGUGUGGCUUGACCGAAAGAGUGGAGGACUUGUUACAGCAGCCCCUGGAUCCGGACUCCCACCAUUCCCACUCGCCGACGCCCCUGGGCUCAGCGUGCACAGAAGGCCACGUGGAAGUAGUGAAGUUGCUGUUGGAGGCAAAGGCCCAGCCGGAUAUGGAUUUUGUAAACAACAUUGAGCAACUCAUCUCGCCGAUCUGUGCAGCUUUCUAUGAAGUGAAACGUGGCGAUGACCGUGAAGAAAUCGUGAAGCUUCUCUUGGAUGCCAGAGCAGAUCCAAGCAAAAGGUUCGGGCAAGCCGGUAAGGAACGGACGCCCCUGGGCGUGGCGUGUGAAAGGGGCUGUGUGAAGGUGGUGCGGUCGCUUUUGGAGGCCCGGGCCGAUGUAGACUGCGAGUCAGCCGUCGUGCAAGUGGAUAGAGAGCGCCUUACCAUCGUUCAGUGUUUUGUCUCGCCCCUUGUCCUCGCAUCGCGUUCUGGCAACGUGGAGAUCGUACGACUACUCCUAGAAGCGGCUGCCCAUGCGAAUGAUGGACGCGAGAGAGGUGAGGCCCUCGCCGUGGCGAGGGACACUGGCCAUGCAGCCAUUGCACGCUUGCUGACUGAAGCCUGCGCUGCUCCGGAUGUGCAAAGGUGA